AUAUAUUGUUCAUAUGUGUAUAUAUAUAUAUAUGUGUACAUGCGUGUGUACACAUACAUGCAUAUGGAUAAUUUAGUUCUGUGCGUUUGAGUCUGUGUGUGUGCGUGUUCAUGUGCCAAACAAAAAAGGGCGUCACAAAAAAAAUUUGUUGCAGCCAAAGCCAAUUCAACACUAAAAUCGAGACCCUAACGGACCGAAGCAUUUGGAGGCAACUGCUCGAGAUUCUUGCCAAGCAAUAUGCAAUAAUGGAUUCGUUGCCACCAGUUAGCGGUAGCCGGGAUCAUCUAACGCUGCAGUCGUUGCAGCCACUGCGCUCCUCUCGCGGUUCCAGCUCCAAUUUACGGACCAGUCGUUCUCCCUCAGCCACCAGAAGCAGCGAGCGAAUGUCCAGGGAGCGCACCGGCGACUCAGCGACAUCAUCCGCGACCGGAACAGCAGCGACGUUGGCAGCCAUUCAAGCGGCUGGAACGGCAACGGCAACUGCAACGACGCCGACGGCAACGGCAGCAGCAGCUGGAGGAGGAGGAGGAGGAGGAGGAGCGUCGGGUACGGCGGCCACUUCAACGACAGCCAACAGCAAUUCGUCGGCCUCGUCCGCCACAGUGGCAGCUGCACAGGCGGCUGUCUAUAGCGGCGGCAACACGGUGACCGGCAGCCUGGGUAGCAGCGGGGGCGUGGCAGUGCGAGGUUUUCGCAGCCACAGCCCCACGCACCGGCGACGCAGUCGUGAACGCCAACGACGCACACAUGGCUCCGAUCAGGGCGGCCUCCUUGCCUAUAGCGGGAUUGUCGGUGUAGGCAUUGGAGGCGAUAUGGCCGACUUUGGCGGUGGCGGCGGCGGCGGCAGCGCCGGCACUGGCAGCGGUCUUGAGGAUUCACGUUUGUCCGGCAACGAGGAUUACUACGUCUCGGUUGUCUCCGAUGAGUUUGAUGGCAGCAAGAAGCUGCAUCAUCGGCGCACUCAUGAACGCAGCUCCAGUGUGCAGGCCAUCGAUCGUCUCAAUACGAAAAUACAGUGCACCAAGGAGUCCAUCAGACAGGAGCAAACGGCCCGGGAUGAUAAUGUGAACGAGUAUCUGAAGCUCGCAGCCAGCGCCGACAAACAGCAACUGCAGCGCAUCAAGGCGGUGUUCGAGAAGAAGAAUCAGAAGAGCGCACACAGCAUAUCACAGCUGCAAAAGAAACUGGACAACUAUACGAAACGCGCCAAGGAUCUGCAGAAUCAUCAAUAUCAGGCAAAGAGCCAGCACAGACAGCCGCGCGAGGUGCUGCGCGAUGUCGGCCAGGGACUGCGCAAUGUGGGCGGCAAUAUACGUGACGGCAUUACUGGCUUCUCCGGCUCGGUGAUGUCCAAGCCGCGCGAAUUUGCGCAUCUCAUUAAGAACAAAUUUGGCAGUGCGGACAACAUCAAUCAGAUAGGCGAUGGCGAGCUUCAAGCCAUACAGUCAGCCAAUCCCGACGGCCUGUCAGCGGGCGGUGAGCGGUUGCUGCAGCAGCCCGGCGUUGGCACCUCGACAGGCUCUGGCGGUGCCAACAACAUCAACAACAACAACACGGGCACUGGCAGCGGCACCGGCAAAUUCAACAGCGACAACGGCAGUGAGUGCAGCAGCGUCACCAGCGAAAGCAUACCAGCGGGAUCUGGCAAGAGUCAGUCGGGCGCCAGCCAGUAUCACAUUGUGCUCAAGUCCCUACUAACUGAACUGGCCGAACGCAAGGCCGAGAACGAGAAGCUUAAGGAGCGUAUCGAGCGCCUCGAGACAAGCCAAAAGGAGUUCAACAGUUUAACCUCCACCCUAGAGAGCGAACGCUUUCGCGCCGAGGGAUUGGAGGAACAAAUCAAUGACUUGACGGAAUUGCAUCAGAAUGAAAUUGAGAAUCUAAAGCAAACAAUUGCUGACAUGGAGGAAAAAGUACAAUACCAAAGCGAUGAAAGACUACGUGACGUCAACGAAGUGCUCGAGAAUUGUCAAACAAGGAUAUCGAAAAUGGAGCAUAUGUCGCAGCAGCAAUAUGUAACCGUCGAGGGCAUUGAUAAUUCGAAUGCUCGCGCCCUGGUUGUGAAACUCAUCAAUGUGGUAUUAACGAUAUUGCAAGUGGUGCUCCUGUUGGUAGCCACCGCUGCUGGCAUCAUAAUGCCCUUUCUCAAAACAAGGGUUCGCGUGUUGACCACAUUUCUAACGAUUUGCUUUAUAAUCUUUGUGAUACGCCAAUGGCCGGAUGUUCAGGAUAUAGGCGGGGGCCUUGUGCGGCAUCUCAAACAGUCGCUGGUGGUCAAGUGAAACGACUCUCUGUUCGAUUAGUAGCGUCUUAAUAUUAAUAGUAUUAAGUUGAAAACGUGCAUACUUUGUAUAUAGCUUAUAAAUACACAAAACGUAAUAGUUUAAAGUUAAAUUAGUUACCAUACAUAACGCGCAUCACAUGAACGACUCAUAUACACAUAUACGUACUAUAUAUACAUUGUACAAACAAAAUGGAAAACUCGCACACAUCUACACACUCACACACACACACAUACACAUAUAAAUAUACAUAAAUGUAUACACUUAGCGAAAUUCGAUUAAAAAAAACUCUGCUAAAAGUUUAGUCCAAUAACUGCUGCAUUGCUGACAAGUUUCUGUGCAUUACUCAAUACUAUAAAUUAAUAAAUAUAUUUAAAUAAUAUAUACAUAUAGUUAUCGUAUACAUUAAAAAAGUUUGUAUUUGUACAAAACAUUUUUUUAUUUUUCUUGUUUCUUAAUUUACAACUUCAACCCUGCUCCCCAUGUUUGGAGCAAUAAUUUACGUGGCCUAUACAAUUCAAUCAAAUUUAUCAAAAGCCUAUUAAAAUUAAAAUACAAGAGAGUACGCACGUAUCUAGAAAAUAAGGUGCAAGUGAACUUGUUUUUUUAACAGCUGUUGUAAUUUCCUGUUGGCGACAGUAAAAAAUCUACUUUGACUACCAUUAAAGGUAAAAAUAA